GUGUCAUGUUUUAACUAGUCGCUAGACUUUUAUUCCAACCGAUGAACUUUUACUUUACCGCUGUCUUAUUUGCGUCUACAUAUCCGACACAUCCGUCGAGCUUCCUCAACGCCCUGUGGAAGACCGAAAAAGAAGCUAACGUUUGCCGGCUCGACUAGUCUUUGUGGUGUGUAGAAGACUACAUUUAUCCCUGAGAUGGGGAAUCCGGAGCCUCCCGAGUUUGGGUCGCCAGAAGAGGAGCUGGACUACUGGAAGCAGCAGGCAGUCGAGCACCGCCAGAGUGCGGAGGACGCCCAAGAGGAGCUGCAGGAGUUUCAGCAGAUGAGUAGGGACUAUGAGACAGAGUUGGAGACGGAGCUGAAGCAGUGCGAGGCGCGCAACAAGGAGCUGCUCGCGGCCAACAACCGCCUCCGCAUGGAAGUGGAAAGCUAUAAGGAAAAGUACGAGACGCAACACUCAGAAGCCUACCGUCAGAUCUCCAACCUAGAGGGUGACCUAGCUGAGACCACAGCCAUCAGAGACCAACUGCACAAAUACAUUAGAGAACUGGAGCAGGCCAACGAUGACCUGGAGAGGACCAAGAGGGCAACCAUUAUGUCUUUGGAGGACUUUGAGCAGAGGAUGAACCAGGUGAUAGAGAGGAAUGCAUUCUUGGAGAGCGAGCUGGACGAGAAGGAGCACCUUCUAGAGUCUGUCCAGAGGCUGAAGGACGAAGCUCGCGACCUGAGACAGGAGCUGGCAGUGCAGCAGAAGCAGGAAAGGAAGCCCUCUCUCAGCAGUUCAACCAAAGAUCCCUCCUCCACAGCUCCCCUCACCCCACCGCUCACCCCCUUUGAAAAGACUAUGGAGGGCAAAACCACCUCCAGUCAGCCCCUCCCUUCUGCUCCUAUUUUGACUCCCCCAGCCAGUCUCCCCUCCACCCGCUCCAGACCUGCCGUAUCUGCUGGUGCCUUUACCACACCACCAUCCUCCCGCAGCAGAGGUGAAAGCCUGUCGGGCCUGCCUCUUAACACCUCCACACGGAUCUCUGCUCUGAAUAUCGUUGGGGAGCUGCUGAGGAAAGUCGGGAACUUGGAGUCCAAGCUGGCAUCAUGUCGGGAGUACGUCCAUGAGCAGAAGGUGAGCCGUGGUGGCCUAGCCGAGGGACAGGCGGCGACAGUGGGUGCCAACAAUGCCUCAGAGAACCCUUCCACUGCCAAUGGCCUCUACGACAAAGGGCUCAUCAAGAGGUUUGACUUUGGACCAGGACCCAAGCUGCUGUUGUGAAAAUUGACGUCCUCCGCUUCCUCUCUUAGAGACCCCCCUCCCCCCCAACAGUUCAUUCACCUCCAC